AUGCUUUCCAAGACCCUUCCGCUGGCGCUUUACGCUGCCGCCGCCAGUACUUUGGUAACGGCCUCCCCCGUCAGCAUCAAUGCACGUUCCCUGCAGAAGCGUACUGCAGUCACCGAGCUGAAAUGCGGACUGUGGGCUACGGCCGACGAGGCAGAUACGGAGCAGAACUGGGAGAACUUCGUAAUAAGCGUCGAAGGUGAAUCGGCCGGACCUGUGGCUGUCCCGGCUAACUCCUGCUCCCGCAUUGGGUGCUCCAACACUUCCGGUGUCUACGUCUGCAAUGACCAAGACUCCGACAUCGAGCUCGACAUGGGAGACAUCACGCCGGUCAUGAAAGGGCUCAUGGACACUUGCGGCUACCAUGACGACAAAACGUACGAGGUCCCGAUUUCGGGUCAAAUAUUUGUGGACGCGAACGGAGGUUACAACCUCAACAUCGCUUACUGCAAUGGCAACGACGCGACCAACAUUGGACCGAGUGCAUACAGCGCUCCAGGCCCGAAUGGUGAUCCACAUCAGAACACCUCGUGCGGAGUUGGCGGGGCUCCAUGCUCUUACGGUACAUGCGACGCCGACUCGAUUACUGUGGAGUCGCAGGAGUCUGUUACCUGCGAUGAAUACCUUGCCCCAACAUACAUCGGUGCCGGUGCAACCUACACCUACUCGACUACCCGCACAAUCAGUUACGCCUGGUCAGUAGGCGGCUUCCUAGGAAUCAACAUCGGCGACCUCUCCGGCCCAGUUGGCGUCGCUGGUUUCAGCGCCACGUUCACCGAGACAACGACCGUCGGCACCAUCUCAGGGACGUCUGACCAAUGCGGCUCGUACAUCGGCCAGAACGGACAACCUGGCAACUGGACCUGCGCGCUUGACAUUAAACCCAAAUGCUGGCAAAUGACUGGUACGUGUGAGGCAGACUUCGGCGAUCUAGGCUCCGGCACGGCGCCAUGGGCUGUCAGCGCGCCGCAGAUUGAACCAGGUGACGGCCAGAGCGUCUGGGUACCAAACCUCUGCGUGUGCUACGACUGCGAGGGCUGGGCUGAGGGUGGUGCGCCGCAGGAUGCUUGUCCGUUGGAUUGCAGGACCUGCGCUACCCCGGGCAGUGACUCUACUGCGGGAAAGUUGAGAUUCUAA